AAAAAAACUAUUAUAAAAUCAAAAAAGGACAGAGAAGCUUCUGGAACCAAAACAGUUGAGCAAAUCGGUGGCCUUGAACAAAUAACCAAGGAUAGAGGGCGGAUGAAAUCUCACCAACUACAACCAAAACCCGCAUAUGAUCCAGAAAAAUCUGAUUUGGUGAGUGGAGAAGAAUUCGCUGUAAAAUGUCAAGUGUUCCAGCCAUUCCAUUACAAACGAAACAUUCACAAAUCUGGCAAACGACCAGUAUUUCAAAGUGAGAUAGAGAUUUUGGGCAGUAAUACACUUCUGCACCUACGUAACAUGAUCUCUUGCAGCGAGGAUUUUAUCAGCACGGAUGGUGAUGUCAGUGAAAAUCCUAACGCUCAACCCUCACCAUCAACUCUCAAGACGGAAAGUCGUUGGAUAUGCAAGCCUACCCAGUCACAAUGCACUGUUGUGCGAAGAUUGCUUCAAAAGCUACUGUUAUAUUGGCGACAAAAAAGUUGGGUCAUUUGAAGCUUUUCAUUACAAGGACAAACGGAUCACUAUUAGUUCUUAAAUGCCACAUAUAAAGUUCUCGAUAAAUUAAUGUGUUCUACUAAAAUACUUUUGUUAUUCUUGAAAUAUUUUUUAUGUACUUGAAUAUUUUUCUCUACUUCUGUAAGAGUUUUGACUUACUGACUUGUAAGAGUUUUUGUUAUUGUAAUACUUUUAUUAUUCUUGAAGUACUUUUUUAUGUACUUGCAUAUUCCUUUUCUACUUCUUUUUGUUUUUGUAAGACUUUUAUUAUUCUUGAAAUACUUUUUUGUGCUUAAAUAUUUCUUUUCUACUUCUGUAAGAAUUGAAUUUACUUUGUAAAUUUGUGGGUAUUUUUCAAGCAUGAUCAAAUUAAGGCUAUUAUUGUAAAAUGAACAUCAGCUGCAAACCAAAACUGUUUCUUACUAGAAUUUCAAAUACUUUUGUACCUACAUGGUCCAAGAAAAAGAAACUAUUCAAUAUAAAUGGAUAAAUCAUGAUGAGAAACACAUUUUUCUAGUAUAUAAGAACAAGAUAGUAUAGUAAAGAAUAAAUACCAAUAUUGUACUGCGAUCUUUAUAUUUCCAAAUAUUAUUAAAAUUGCAUAAUAUCAUGAUUUAAACAAUUACCAAGAUUCAAGACUGAACCCACUUGGACUUUUUAUUUCUUUAUUUCAUUCUACCUAUGUUUUAUUUUCAUUCUACUAUAUAUAGUCAGUUCUGAAUCUCAUUUUGUACAGAAAUGACGAUUUUCAAUAAAGUACCGCGUACCGAACAGUCGUACAAUCCUUGAAUUCUUUUCAGCAUUUCAUUGACUUGAAUUAGCCCAUUUCCGUUAAUCGAUACCGUAUUUACAACAGUGAGUGCUGUGUUUCUCAAGUGAAAUGUAUUAAAAAGUUGUUCUCAAUAACCUUAAUCCCAUGUUCACAUUAUUGCUUGUCACUUUCUCUCUGUCUCUCUCUCAUUCUCUUGCUCUCUCCACCACUUCUCCAAUUCUUCUCUUUCUCUCUCUCUCUCUCUCUGUCCUUCUGCACCAACUUCUUGCACGAUCAAUGGGCAACGAGGUCAAGGUCACUCAGUCUCUGACUUCU